ACCAUUUCAGACUAUUGGGACGCUAUAGCUGAUACCUCCUCUGGUGUGAAUACGGUUCCUUGUACUAUCGAGCGAGCAUGGAGGGACGGACCGCCCGGGUGUAACCGAGCCGCGGGGUACCCCUGGACUGCCACAUGCGCCUUCUCAAAACCGGGUGGGGGAGAGAGUUAUACGCGGUUUUAACGAAACCAGAGCGGCUUCAAUCCGCCGACGGAGCUAGCCAGCUGCCCGUCUCUACCAUGCAGCGGGCGGGCGCGCGGCACAAUGGCCUCCCUCCGCUCCGCAACAACAACUCGGUUGCCUCGAGCAUCGCAUCGCCUCCUCGCGCCGCCCCGACUGGCUCCUAUCCGAACGGGGCAAUAAAGACCGAGUUGAUUUGCAAAUGGACCGAGCUUAGCAAAACCUCCAAACAAAAGAUCUGCGAUCUAACUUUCAGUUCCAUGCACGAGCUGGUCGACCACGUCACCAUGGAUCACGUCGCGGGGCUCGAGUCUCUGAGCCAUGUCUGUAUGUGGGAAGAAUGUCUGCGCGAAGGGAAGGCUUUCAAGGCGAAAUAUAAACUGAUUAACCACAUCCGAGUGCAUACCGGGGAGAAACCCUUCUCAUGCUCAUUCCCUGACUGCGGGAAAAUGUUUGCCCGUUCGGAAAACCUUAAGAUUCACACACGCACGCACACUGGGGAGAAGCCGUUCCAGUGUGAGUUCUGCGAGCGCCGCUUCGCCAACAGCAGCGACAGGAAGAAGCACUCGCAGGUCCACACCAGCUCCAAGCCCUACGACUGCAAAGCCCUGGGCUGUGGGAAGUCCUACACUCACCCCAGCUCCCUCCGCAAACACAUGAAGGUCCACGUCAAGGCCUCGCCUACCUCGGAACCACUAGAUCUCAAGAUCCACUUCGACUCCUCCCCCUCAUCCAUCGAGCGCAAGGUCCUCUUCUGCCCCUCCCCCAACUCCGGACCCCUUGACCUCUCCCUAUCGGGGUUGGUCAGGAACCGGGCAAACCCUCCCCCUAGGACACAGAGGAACCAAUCAGUGAACCCCCCUCUACCUCAGGUGACAGACAUGAAGGAGUGGUACGUGUGUACCAGGACCGCCACCCAGAACUACCUCCAGAUCCACCCUGACGACAUUAAGUCAGAACCCAGCGAUGACGACGAGUACAACACGUAACACCAGGCCUCCAGUACUCUGGGGGCGCCGUGUACAUGGGUGGACC